GUGAACUAGAGAACUGACAGUUCUUCUAUUGUGAACAACCAUAGUAGCUGGGGAGCCAUACGUCGAUUUAGUAGCAUAAAUUCGUCGAAACAUUAUUACAAAAAUGUUCUCCAGAGCCGCACUGCUUACAGCCCAACGCCCACUGAGCUUGGUGGCCACCCGCUCGGCUGCUGCUGCUGCCCAGCCAGCCGGCGGUGCCGUUGAGCGCCGUCAGCGCCCCGAACAUCCCGGCAAGGUGCGCAUGGGUUUCAUUCCAGAGGAAUGGUUCCAGUUCUUCUACAACAAGACUGGUGUCACCGGUCCCUACACAUUCGGCGUGGGUCUGAUCACCUACCUGUGCUCCAAGGAGAUCUAUGUUAUGGAACAUGAGUACUACUCCGGUCUCUCCCUUGGCAUCAUGGCCAUUGUUGCGGUCAAGAAACUUGGUCCAGCUAUCGCUAAAUGGGCUGAUGGCGAAAUCGAUAAAAUUGAAGGCGAGUGGAAGCAGGGUCGUGAGGCUGAGCUGAAGGUUCUCGCUGAUGCCAUCGAGGCCGAGAAGAAGGAGCAAUGGCGCGCCGAUGGUGCUCUGAUGCUGAUGGAGGCCAAGAAGGAGAACAUUGCCUUGCAAUUGGAGGCUGCCUUCCGUGAGCGUGCCAUGAAUGUGUACACUGAGGUCAAGCGUCGCUUGGACUACCAGGUGGAGUGCCGUCACGUUGAGCGUCGUCUCAGCCAGAAGCACAUGGCCAACUGGAUUGUAGCCAACGUGCUGUCCAGCAUCUCGCCCCAGCAGGAGAAGGAGACGCUGAACAAGUGCAUUGGCGAUCUGAGCGCCUUGGCUCUCCGUGUCAAGAGCGCCUAAACGACUCGAGUUUUAAGUGUUAAUUUGUAAAUCAAACAAAAUUGCGAGACCCAGAAACACACAUUGGAUAAACAACCACACAAAAUGUUUAACUAAAUACAUAACACAAUCUGUCUUGGAUGAAAACAA